UUGCAGCAUAAAACGUAGCUCUCAAACUAAGGGCCCACAUACUGUACUCUGAACAGAGUGUGUACGCACGCAGUUAGUCCCAAAAUAUCCACAGCCUCCUCAAGACAUUCCACACCCACGUUCUGCUGACUCAUUCAGACUUUACCCAAUGAUGGCAAAUAAUUUCAGCCUUUUGUUUGCCAUUUUAGUCAUCGCCAUUAAAACAUUAAACACUGAAGAAGAGCUGAAGGAGACUGGGUUUGGACAUCCACCUCCCCGACAUGGACUUGCCUUAAUUAAGUGGUAUGUGAAAACAUGCAUUGACAAUAACAUGGUGGCUCUCUGUAACCCUGUGGCUGGACAGUUUGGGUUCCAUGUGUUCCGUAACAGUGGGUUCCUGCUCCCUCCGCUAAAGGACAAACGCACCUAUAUGUACUUCACCAUAGGAAACCUUAACUACAGACACUCUGAGGAUCUUCCCUAUGAAGUGAGGAAAUACUACGAUCCACAUAACCAAAUGAGCAACAUGGACAGAGUGAUUGUGAAACUCAACAGGAACAAGAACAAAAUCGAGGAGAUCUACAUAUCAGAGCACUAUAAUCCUCCCAGAACUUUUCAGUUAGGAGCCUCUCUCAUCAGUGACUUAAGACAGCACCAGAACUCUCAAAAUGUUUUUUAUUAUUAAAAAAAAAAAAUCCCUGUAUUACCACAUUUGCUUCCACUAUUUCACCACACCUGAGCCUUUUUGCACUUUCAGUUUGCUAGAUAUUUUAACUUUCACUUCUGAUUUUUUCUUCUCUAUAGCCCACUUUAUUCCACUUCCCUUUUUUUAUUCUCUCCAUCACAUGCCAUAACAAUUUUGUAACUUCCUCCACUAAGUUGGACUAAUUGUGAUUAAUGUUUGCCUACCUUUGGUCAUGUCAGUUAUAAAGAUGGGCUUUAAAGGUGAA